UGCGCUACUGCCGGACCGGGGCGGUUAUGGCGGCUCCAUAUUAACACCCUCCUCCUCCUCCUCUGCCGCCGCCGUCUCCUCCUCCUCCUCCUCUCCCUCCCGCCCGCACUCGUAAGCCAUCUCCCCCUUCACCCUGACGCCUACCGCUUCCCCUCACCUUUCCCCCUCCCCUCUUCUACCAUGCCCGGCAUGAUGGAGAAAGGGCCCGAGUUACUGGGGAAGAACCGAUCGGCCAACGGCAGCGCCAAGAACCCGGCGGGCGGCGGCGGCGGCGGCGGCGGCGCCUCGUCCACCAACGGCGGGCUGCACUACUCCGAGCCCGAGAGCGGCUGCAGCAGCGACGACGAGCACGGUGAUGUUGGGAUGAGAGUCGGAGCUGAAUACCAAGCUCGGAUCCCUGAAUUUGAUCCAGGUGCUACAAAGUAUACAGAUAAAGACAAUGGAGGAAUGCUUGUGUGGUCUCCAUAUCACAGUAUCCCAGAUGCCAAAUUGGAUGAAUAUAUUGCAAUUGCAAAGGAGAAACAUGGCUACAAUGUGGAACAGGCACUUGGCAUGUUGUUCUGGCAUAAACAUAACAUUGAGAAGUCCCUUGCUGAUCUCCCUAAUUUCACUCCCUUUCCGGAUGAGUGGACAGUGGAAGAUAAAGUCCUGUUUGAACAAGCCUUUAGUUUUCAUGGGAAGAGCUUUCACAGGAUUCAGCAAAUGCUUCCAGAUAAGACAAUUGCUAGCCUUGUAAAAUAUUACUAUUCCUGGAAAAAAACUCGAUCCAGGACAAGCUUGAUGGAUCGCCAGGCUCGUAAACUAGCCAAUAGACAUAAUCAGGGUGACAGUGAUGAUGAUGUAGAAGAAACACACCCAAUGGAUGGAAAUGAUAGUGAUUAUGAUCCAAAAAAAGAAGCCAAGAAAGAGGGUAAUGCUGAACAACCUGUCCAAACUAGCAAGAUUGGACUUGGAAGGAGAGAGUAUCAGAGUUUACAACACCGCCAUCAUUCUCAGCGUUCUAAGUGCCGUCCACCUAAGGGCAUGUAUUUAACCCAGGAAGAUGUGGUAGCUGUUUCCUGUAGUCCCAAUGCAGCCAACACCAUCCUGCGGCAGCUGGACAUGGAGCUGAUCUCUUUAAAGCGUCAGGUUCAGAAUGCUAAGCAAGUGAACAGUGCACUUAAACAGAAAAUGGAAGGUGGAAUUGAAGAAUUCAAACCUCCUGAGUCAAAUCAGAAAAUUAAUGCCCGUUGGACCACAGAGGAGCAGCUUCUAGCAGUGCAAGGUGUCCGCAAAUAUGGUAAAGAUUUUCAAGCUAUUGCAGAUGUAAUUGGCAACAAGACUGUUGGCCAAGUGAAGAACUUCUUUGUAAACUACAGGCGUCGGUUUAACUUAGAGGAGGUAUUGCAGGAGUGGGAAGCAGAACAAGGAACCCAGGCUUCUAAUGGUGAUGCUUCUACUUUAGGGGAGGAGACAAAAAGUGCUUCUAAUGUGCCAUCAGGGAAGAGCACUGAUGAAGAAGAGGAGGCACAGACCCCACAGGCUCCUCGGACUCUGGGUCCAUCACCUCCUGCCCCAUCAUCCACUCCAACACCAACAGCCCCCAUUGCCACUCUGAACCAGCCUCCACCACUUCUUCGUCCAACACUGCCUGCUGCCCCUGCUCUUCACCGGCAGCCUCCUCCACUCCAGCAGCAGGCUCGGUUCAUCCAGCCCCGGCCAACUUUAAAUCAGCCUCCACCACCUCUCAUUCGCCCUGCUAAUUCUAUGCCGCCCCGUCUAAACCCAAGACCAGUAUUGUCCACGGUUGGUGGUCAACAGCCACCAUCACUUAUCGGAAUUCAGACAGAUUCACAGUCCUCACUGCACUAAAAUUAAAUUGGACAGAACUACAGUAACUUUUCACCCCAUCAUUAUACCAGUGCUCAUCAGACUGAUGCAAAAGAGGAGAGAACAGUCCCUCCUAGAUGCUGAGGCUGCGAACUAGUUUUGUGGCAGUAGGGUAACAUAAGUGGAUGUCUAGGAAAUUUUUUGGUUCGUGCAACCGAACUAAAUGUUACACAACAAAAAGCCUACAGUUAGCCUCCUUUCUAGAGUAUACGUUCAGCGACAUCUCGUAAAAGGAAAAAAAAAGAUUAAGUAUUCUAUAUACCAAGGUUUUUUUUUUGUUUUGUUUUUACUGUAUUUAUUUUAUUGAGAUUCUUUAUAUUUCUGCCUCUUCGUAGUCAAGGCUCUUAGUACAGAAAUACUGACUUAGGAAUUGUGAAAACUCCUUAAGUUUCUUAAGGAUGUUUGACUUUUUUUCUUUCUUCCUUAAUUUAAUUUUUAACAACAUUUUCCUAUGUUAGGAGUGCAAGAAUAAAUAGCCUGCUUUUCAGAUUUUGACAUAUGUUCAUUUAAUGCAUAUUUAAGAAUUAUAGUGCAUAUCCCUUUUUUCAAAAAAUCUUGCUUUUUUUUCUAAAGGAAUUUUAAUAUAUUCCUUUAAAAGAAAGCAAUUGAAUCAAUUGCAAAGCAAUUAUAUGAAACCACAAAGAAUGUACUGAACCUACUAACCCUUGAACAUACGCUUUAGGGUCCUAAUGCAAAGUCCUUGCUUAAAGGUCAUUGACCUGUCAUCUACCAGUAAUAAGAGGAUCGGAAUAAUAAUUUUACAUACAAAUGAGAAUUUGUUGAAGUACAAUGUCUUUAAGUUCCUUGAAAAUGGAGUUAAUUUUGAUUUUUUAAAAAAAUGUUUCUAAAUGCUAUCUGCUUUUAACUAGUAGUUGCCUAUAUUUGGGGACUUUAGAAGAGAAUUAUAUUUUGUCAGUUACGUGGAGAUAGUGGUUAUGGAAGCAUUUAUUUACAAUACCCUUUAUGUGUUUAGGUUCUGACUUAAAAUUGCCCUCACACUUAUUAAUACGGUCUGCAUUUAAUAUAAAGGAUGUUUUCUUGAUAAAUCUCUAUUGUACUAUUUGGAUACAUUUGUGUAUUCCUUGCAGCCGACCUGUGCUUGUGGGUUUGGUUUAGGGUUAAAUCAACAUUAUUUCAUAAAAUAAAUUUCAGAAUUUGUUCUGUGUUAUCUAAAGAUGUAUCAGUAUAUUGUCACAAUUGUGCUGUUAACUUAAAAUGCUGAGACCCCCUUUUUAUAAAGAAGCAAAAACAUUUCAAGUCUUAAUUGAACACAUAAAUCAUUAAGCACCUACAAAGAAUAUUUUACAAGUUAUAGUAUUUCAACAAUGUGUUACUAAUAUUUUUGAUACGGUGAUUUCAUAUUGGAAUCAUGACUUGUGCAAAGGGACAGAUCACUUAAAUAACUAUACUAGUGGAACUUAAGGCUAAAUGUUUGCACAUUUAUAUUCUCAUCAUAUCUAGAACUACUUCAUGAAAUAGUCAACAUCUAAGGCCCUUGAUUUAUGUUUUGAGAAGUCCUGUAUUCCCAAUAUUGGAAAAAUAGUUCCUACCAUUGGCUCUAAAGCCUUAAGGAGCUAUUAGAUUUAAAUUCAUUGAUUAGUUUUAAUUUGGAAGUUUAGACCUCUUCUCUUCAUAAGGACCUUAAGUUCUGGCACAAACCUUUUCCAGGGUGUAUCUUGUCUUUCUCAUUGGAUCAUCUUAAAUAGUUCCUGCCCCUGGAUUGUAACUAGAUAAAAAUCUGAUUUAAAAUUCUUCAUAUUCAAGAAUUUACACUUAUUUUUACUUUAAAAGCCACGGGGGUGGGGGUGGGCAGUUAUAUAUCUUAAAAGAAAAUAUCUAAAGCAUUUUUUUAAAGUACUUAGAUUGUCUUGCAUAUGUGCAUACUAUACGGCUUUUAUUGUCUUGUCUCUUGUCAGUAGACCUUCAGUAUACAGUGUGUGGGACAUGUCAGUCAAGUUGGUCAGCACCAGCAUCUGUCCAGCUGUUAAGUAUAUUAUGAUUCGUUUAAAAAUCUGUUCUAUGCCAGCCGUGGGCCAAGAUGCUGUAUCUGAGGGAUGUGCUGUGAUUUGAUUUACGUACACUAGAGCACACAGUAGAAAAAUCUGAGCUUCAUUAGUAAUACGACACAUGUAUAUAGUGAGAUGUCUUAUUGUGUGCUUUGCAUAUUUUGUAAAUAUUUUGCACGUCAUUAAUUUUCUUUUUUGUUUAAGCAGUGUUUGGCCUGGAAGAGUGAUAUGCUUGCUGCUUAAUCAAAGGAUUAAAGAGUUAAAGAUGUC